AUGUAUUCAGCCCUCAGUUAUGCACUGUUCAGAUGGGUAAGAGUGAACGGUUCUCCAGCUCCCAACAAGUUUCUGUACGACCGAAUUAGAGAUCUCACUCAAGCUGGUGUCGAUGUGCGCUUUCGAUAUGAAACGCCUCGAAAUGAUUCUGCUGAAUGGUCACUGGCUGUGGAUAAAUGUGUGGAAGCGAUAGAUCUGCCUAUCGUUGCCAAGGAUCGCUCCGAAUACAACAGAACCCUAAAAGAAUUGUUACUGCAUGAAAAGUCACUGGAAACGUCCGAAAUACAGAAAGUAAGAUUAUUCAAAAAAUGCCCAACUUUCGCAAGCAAGGUUGUUUGGGAAGGAAGCAUCGCAGAAAGUCUCAGUAAAUCCAGUGAGAUGGAAAGGAAAACUCAUCACGCCCUUUUGGCCGUGCUGGAGGAUGCUUCUGCUAAAGCUUUACGGCAACUAAUCAUCAGGACUGAUUCUCCUCGCCUUAUUUUGGCCGCUGAAAACUGGCUGCCCGUUUGGCAGCGAAGUGGAUGGCGGAAUUCUCUGCAUAAACCUAUUGCAGACGCUGAUUGCUGGAAGAAGAUUUGGUCGCUCAAAGAAAUUGUCAAGGUCUACUGGGAACUUAUGGAUCCUCCGGACGAUAACGAUAAGGCGGCUGCGCAAUCGAGCUGUGCCUCCAUUAAUAAUAAUCACUAUCAAGAACAUCGACAAGGGUGUCAUUCCGAGAACGUGGCCUUCGCUCACAGUGCCAACAUCAACUCUGUUCCGAUCUCCUUGUGA